CUGCCGCUGCUAUCACCGCAGCUCCGCGCCUCCCCGGGGAGCAGCCGGCGGCUCCCGCGGCCCCCAACCCCGGCCCCUGGGCAUUGCCCGGCUAGUCCCCGGGCAGGGGUGGGGGUAACAGCGGCGCAGCCAGCCCUGGACUGCUAGGGGGUGGCCGCCACUACCUAGGGUGGCGCGCAGAGGCUCAGAGAGCGCUCCCCAGCGGGUCCCCAACGCACUCACCGCCGCGCCAGGGCAGCGGCCCGACCCGGCUAGCAUGGGCGGCGCGGAGUGACGCCGCCGUGCCCGCUUGGCAUCAAGGACAUUCAGCCCGCGGGGGUGGGGACGAAGGGGGGCAGCCCCGCGUCGCCGCCGCAGCCCCUGAGAGCACUGUCGCUGCUUGGGCUCCGGGGUUGGGUGGAGGAAAGGGGUGCUUGGAAUCGAUCCACAUUUUCUGACCUUUUUGUUGGACAUUACGCCCACCUUGGACGUUGCAAGAGGAGCUGUCAAGCCCGGCAAGCUCUGAUUUGGCCCCCUCCGUUUUCCUCUGCUGCUCGUGGCUUCCCCGUGCCUCGGUGGAGUAUUUGCGUUCGGGGCUGGGGCUGAAGGAGGCAGCCACACGCGCGCACACGCACACGUUCAGAGGAGGGCGAGAGGCAGCGGUACAGGCACCAUCUGCAGUGUCAAUGCGGCGCUGGGGCUGAAGGAGGGAAACGCCGCUCUUCCAGGGGAGACUGCCCUGCUGAGUCCUGGCCCUCCGGAGGGACGCCUGUGCUGGUUGCUGCUGUGUGGACAGGACCUCGCUCUGAGAUGAAAACCAUGCCCUGGAACUGGACUUGCCUGUUGUCCCACCUCCUGGUGGUAGGGAUGGGCUCUUCUACUCUGCUUUCACGGCAGCCCCCCCAGCUGUCUCAGAAGCGGUCAUUCGUCACAUUCCGAGGGGAGCCCACUGAGGGCUUCAAUCACCUUGUGGUGGAUGAGCGGACAGGACACAUUUACUUGGGGGCUGUCAACAGGAUCUACAAGCUCUCGAGUGACCUCAAGGUCUUGGUGACUCAUCAGACAGGGCCAGAUGAAGACAACCCCAAGUGUUACCCACCUCGUAUUGUUCAGACCUGCAAUGAACCCCUGGCCAGCACCAAUAACGUUAACAAAAUGCUGCUUAUAGACUACAAGGAAAACAGGCUGAUUGCGUGUGGGAGCUUGUACCAGGGUAUCUGCAAGCUCCUCAGGCUGGAGGACCUCUUCAAGUUGGGAGAGCCAUUCCACAAGAAGGAACACUACCUCUCGGGGGUUAACGAGAGUGGCUCGGUCUUUGGGGUGAUUGUCUCCUACAGCAAUUUGGAUGAUAAACUCUUUAUCGCCACCGCAGUGGAUGGCAAGCCUGAAUAUUUUCCUACCAUCUCUAGCCGCAAGCUGACUAAGAACUCUGAGGCAGAUGGCAUGUUUGCUUUUGUUUUCCAUGACGAAUUUGUGGCCUCUAUGAUCAAGAUCCCUUCUGACACCUUCACUGUCAUCCCCGACUUUGACAUCUACUAUGUCUAUGGUUUCAGCAGUGGUAACUUUGUCUACUUUUUGACCCUUCAGCCAGAGAUGGUGUCUCCCCCGGGCUCCACGACAAAGGAGCAAGUGUACACGUCCAAGCUCGUGAGGCUUUGCAAAGAGGACACAGCCUUCAACUCCUACGUGGAGGUGCCCAUUGGCUGUGAGCGCAAUGGGGUGGAGUAUCGCUUGCUGCAGGCUGCCUACCUGUCUAAGGCUGGUGCUGUGCUGGGCCGGACCCUGGGAGUCCGUCCGGAUGCUGACCUCCUCUUCACUGUCUUCUCCAAGGGCCAGAAGCGGAAGAUGAAAUCUCUGGAUGAGUCGGCCCUGUGUAUCUUCAUCUUGAAACAGAUCAACGACCGCAUCAAGGAGCGCCUGCAGUCCUGUUACCGAGGCGAGGGAACACUGGACCUGGCCUGGCUCAAGGUGAAGGACAUCCCUUGCAGCAGCGCGCUCCUAACCAUUGAUGACAACUUCUGUGGCUUGGAUAUGAAUGCCCCUCUGGGAGUGUCUGAAAUGGUACGUGGCAUCCCGGUCUUCACGGAGGACAGGGACCGUAUGACUUCCGUCAUCGCGUAUGUCUACAAGAAUCACUCUCUGGCCUUCGUGGGCACCAAAAGUGGCAAGCUAAAGAAGAUCCGAGUGGAUGGGCCCAAGGGCAAUGCCCUCCAGUAUGAGACUGUGCAGGUGGUGGACCCAGGCCCCGUACUCCGGGACAUGGCCUUUUCCAAGGACCACGAGCAACUCUACAUCAUGUCAGAAAGGCAGCUCACCAGAGUUCCUGUGGAGUCCUGCGGGCAGUAUCGGAGCUGUGGCGAGUGUCUUGGAUCAGGUGACCCCCACUGUGGCUGGUGUGUGCUCCACAACACGUGCACCCGGAAGGAACGAUGUGAGCGCUCCAGGGAACCCCGAAGGUUUGCCUCGGAGAUGAAGCAGUGUGUCCGGCUGACAGUCCAUCCCAACAACAUCUCUGUCUCUCAGUCCAAUGUGCUGCUGGUCCUAGAGACAUACAAUGUCCCGGAGCUGUCAGCAGGUGUCAACUGUACCUUUGAGGAUCUGUCAGAGAUGGAUGGGCUGGUAAUAGGCAAUCAGAUCCAAUGCUACUCCCCUGCAGCCAAGGAGGUGCCCCGCAUCAUCACGGAAAAUGGAGACCAUCAUGUUGUCCAGCUGCAACUCAAGUCGAAGGAGACCGGUGUGACUUUCGCCAGCACCAGUUUUGUCUUCUACAACUGCAGUGUCCACAACUCAUGUCUGUCCUGUGUGGAGAGCCCAUACCGCUGUCACUGGUGUAAAUACCGGCAUGUUUGCACCCAUGACCCCAACACCUGCUCCUUCCAGGAAGGCCGAGUGAAACUGCCUGAGGACUGCCCCCAGCUGCUGCGAGUGGACAAGAUCCUGGUUCCAGUAGAGGUGAUCAAGCCCAUCACUCUGAAGGCCAAGAACCUCCCACAGCCUCAGUCUGGACAGCGAGGCUACGAAUGCAUCUUGAACAUCCAGGACACGGAGCAGCGGGUUCCUGCCCUGCGCUUCAACAGCUCCAGUGUGCAGUGCCAGAAUACCUCUUAUUCCUAUGAAGGGAUGGAGAUCAACAACCUGCCUGUGGAGCUGACAGUCGUGUGGAAUGGGCACUUCAACAUUGACAACCCGGCUCAGAAUAAAGUUUACCUAUACAAGUGCGGGGCCAUGCGUGAGAGCUGUGGGCUGUGCCUCAAAGCUGACCCAGAUUUUGAGUGUGGCUGGUGCCAGAGCCCAGGCCAGUGCACCCUGCGCCAGCACUGCCCUGCCCAUGAGAGCCGGUGGCUGGAACUGUCGGGAGCCAACAGCAAAUGCACCAACCCUCGGAUCACAGAGAUCAUCCCAGUGACGGGCCCUCGGGAAGGGGGCACCAAGGUCACCAUCCGAGGGGAGAACCUGGGCUUGGAAUUCCGGGACAUUGCUUCCCAUGUCAAGGUGGCUGGUGUGGAAUGCACUCCCUUGGUGGAUGGCUACAUCCCUGCAGAACAGAUCGUGUGCGAGAUGGGAGAGGCCAAACCCAGCCAGCACGCAGGCUUCGUGGAGAUCUGUGUGGCUGUGUGCCGACCUGAGUUCAUGGCCCGCUCCUCCCAGCUCUAUUAUUUCAUGACCCUGACUCUUGCAGACCUGAAGCCCAGUCGGGGACCCAUGUCUGGGGGCACACAGGUCACCAUCACAGGCACGAACCUGAAUGCAGGCAGCAAUGUGGUGGUGAUGUUUGGGAGCCAGCCAUGCCUCUUCCACAGGCGCUCACCAACCUACAUUAUCUGCAACACUACGUCUUCCGAUGAGGUGCUGGACAUGAAGGUGACCGUGCAGGUGGACAGGGCCAGGAUCCGACAGGACCUUGUCUUUCAGUAUGUGGAGGAUCCCACCAUCGUGCGUAUUGAGCCAGAGUGGAGCAUUGUCAGUGGGAACACACCUAUCGCUGUCUGGGGAACUCACCUGGACCUCAUACAGAACCCCCAGAUCCGUGCCAAGCAUGGAGGGAAAGAACACAUCAAUAUCUGUGAGGUCCUCAAUGCUACUGAGAUGACCUGCCAGGCUCCAGCCCUUGCCCUGGAUCCUGACCACCAGUCAGAUCUCACUGAGAGGCCUGAAGAAUUUGGUUUCAUCCUAGACAAUGUCCAGUCUCUGCUAAUUCUCAACAAGACCAACUUCACCUACUAUCCUAACCCUGUGUUUGAGGCUUUCAGUCCCUCAGGAAUCCUGGAGCUCAAGCCUGGCACCCCCAUCAUCCUAAAGGGCAAGAACCUGAUCCCACCCGUGGCGGGAGGCAAUGUGAAGCUGAACUACACCGUGCUAGUCGGGGAGAAGCCGUGCACCGUGACGGUGUCCGAUGUGCAGCUGCUCUGCGAGUCCCCCAAUCUCAUUGGCAGGCACAAAGUGAUGGCACGGGUAGGGGGCAUGGAGUAUUCCCCUGGGAUGGUGUACAUUGCCCCAGACAGCCCGCUCAGCCUGCCCGCCAUCAUCAGCAUCGCAGUGGCUGGUGGUCUCCUCAUCAUCUUCAUCGUGGCGGUCCUCAUCGCCUACAAACGCAAGUCCCGAGAAAGCGACCUCACGCUGAAGCGACUACAGAUGCAGAUGGACAACCUUGAGUCCCGUGUGGCCCUGGAGUGCAAAGAAGCUUUUGCAGAGCUGCAGACAGAUAUCCAUGAGCUCACCAGUGACCUGGAUGGAGCUGGGAUUCCCUUCCUGGACUACAGGACCUACACGAUGCGGGUGCUGUUCCCAGGGAUUGAAGACCAUCCUGUGCUACGGGACCUGGAGGUCCCAGGCUACCGGCAGGAGCGUGUGGAGAAAGGCCUGAAGCUCUUCGCCCAGCUCAUCAACAACAAGGUGUUCCUCUUAUCUUUCAUCCGAACUCUUGAGUCUCAGCGCAGCUUCUCCAUGCGUGACCGAGGGAACGUGGCCUCUCUCAUCAUGACAGUCCUUCAGAGCAAGCUAGAGUAUGCCACCGAUGUGCUGAAGCAGCUCUUGGCUGACCUCAUUGAUAAGAACCUGGAGAGCAAGAACCAUCCCAAGUUGCUGCUCAGGAGGACGGAGUCAGUGGCUGAGAAGAUGCUGACCAAUUGGUUUACCUUCCUCCUCUACAAGUUCCUCAAGGAGUGUGCUGGGGAGCCCCUCUUCUCCCUGUUCUGUGCCAUCAAGCAGCAGAUGGAGAAGGGCCCUAUCGACGCCAUCACAGGAGAGGCCCGCUACUCCCUGAGUGAGGACAAGCUCAUCCGGCAGCAGAUUGAAUACAAAACCCUGGUCCUGAGCUGUGUCAGUCCAGAUAACGCUAACAGCCCAGAGGUCCCCGUGAAGAUCCUCAACUGUGACACCAUCACCCAGGUCAAGGAAAAGAUCCUGGAUGCCAUCUUCAAGAAUGUACCAUGCUCCCACCGGCCCAAGGCUGCAGACAUGGACCUGGAGUGGAGGCAAGGAAGUGGGGCAAGGAUGAUCCUACAGGAUGAAGAUAUCACCACCAAGAUCGAGAAUGACUGGAAGAGACUCAACACGGUAGCCCACUACCAGGUGCCAGAUGGCUCUGUGGUGGCUUUAGUGUCCAAGCAAGUGACAGCCUACAAUGCAGGGAACAACUCCACAGUCUCCAGGACUUCAGCAAGUAAAUAUGAAAACAUGAUCCGGUACACAGGCAGCCCUGAUAGCCUCCGUUCCCGAACACCCAUGAUCACCCCUGACCUGGAAAGUGGAGUCAAGUUGUGGCAUCUGGUGAAGAACCAUGAACAUGGAGAUCAGAAGGAAGGGGACCGGGGGAGCAAGAUGGUGUCUGAAAUCUAUCUGACACGACUAUUAGCCACAAAGGGCACACUGCAGAAGUUUGUGGAUGACCUGUUCGAGACCAUCUUCAGCACAGCCCACCGUGGCUCUGCUCUGCCCCUGGCCAUCAAGUACAUGUUCGACUUCCUCGAUGAGCAGGCGGACAAGCAUGGCAUCCAUGACCCGCACGUCCGCCACACCUGGAAGAGCAACUGUCUGCCCCUGCGGUUUUGGGUGAACAUGAUCAAGAACCCUCAGUUCGUGUUUGACAUCCAUAAGAACAGCAUCACGGAUGCCUGUCUGUCUGUGGUGGCCCAGACCUUCAUGGACUCCUGCUCCACUUCGGAGCACCGGCUGGGCAAGGACUCCCCGUCCAACAAACUGCUCUAUGCCAAGGAUAUACCCAGCUACAAGAACUGGGUGGAGAGGUAUUACUCAGACAUUGGGAAGAUGCCAGCAAUCAGUGACCAGGACAUGAACGCGUACCUGGCCGAGCAGUCGCGAAUGCACAUGAACGAAUUCAACACGAUGAGCGCGCUCUCCGAGAUCUUCUCUUACGUGGGCAAAUACAGUGAAGAGAUCCUUGGACCCCUGGACCAUGAUGAUCAGUGUGGGAAGCAGAAACUGGCUUACAAACUAGAACAAGUCAUAACCCUCAUGAGCUUAGACAGCUGAGAACUGUCCUUCCAGGGCCAUCCUGGAGGGAGGGACACACCAAGCCGUGCCUCAGUCUAGAUAUCAUCUUUACCAAGUGCAAGUUCCGACAGGCAUCAACAGCAGCACCCCCCCCCCGCCCGCCCCCGAGCAGCGCCCUCUCUCCUUUCGUCUCUGUCCCUCUUUCCAGAGUCCCACCUCUUUUAGUUGCUCUGCCAGUGUGAUUGGAUCACAUCACUGAUCCCUCAGUCAGUCCAGGGAUGGCCAGGCCCAUGGUGAGAGACCAGACCAGAAGAUGUCAAAGAAGCUCUCCCUCCCGGCUGCUCCUGGCCCCAUGCAUCAGCAGCAGGGCUCAGAUAAGGAUGAGGAGCUGAGGGUGGAGAACUUUCCUAUGCUGCUACUUCACCUUCUGCGUUGAGAAUCCCCACUGUGGUCCAAAACCUGGCUUCGGGAAGCAACUGUGAGCUCAGUAUUAUCUGAAGUAGGACGCAUCACUCGGAUCUCCCUGUCCACACACUCAACAAGAGGCCAGGCAGUGGCCUGGGUGCUUUGUAACUGUGGGGAAAAGGCCUUGCCUCCUACAGAUGUUGGAGUAGGGACCAGUGGAAGUUUAAGGAUGCUCUCUCAGGGGCCACUGCCUACUUGUUUGGUGUCCAGCAGCCUUCCAUCCCCUUCCAAUAUCCUUGGAGGCCUUCCAAGUAUCCAUCCUGACCUUUCUCCCCUUCCUGUGAAAAGUCAGACAGGGGAAAGCUAACAGUUACAUUCCACUAUGGAGAUGCUCCUACGUCAUCUAAUCUGGUUCCUAAUAGCAGAAAUGUAACAUGGAGAGAGAGAAGAGGAAAGAGAGUAUCAUCUAUGCCAGAAGCAACAUUAAUUGUUCUCUGUUCACCUCCAAGUUCAAAUGCAUCCUGACGGUCGUCAGGGGUCCAUUGCCAGAGCCUCAUGUGUUGUCUAGAGAAGGCAUCUCCAUGCUCCUUUGUCACCAUCGUCUCAGCUCACCGUGAAAUGCAGAGUGCAUCUAGGAGAUUCUACCUCCGGCCGUCUCCAAGGCUCCAUCCCCACUGUCAUUGAGAAUGCCAGAGAAGGCCAGGGCACACAGCCCAGCCCCUGUCCCCCCCUGCAGAAUCUGGUGCCAUUGCUAUGCAGAUGACUUUGUCACUGGACGGUCCAGACCUCUGUGGGAACUGUUUCAUCAACAUAUCAGCUGUCUCUUCAGUGGCUCGUCUUCCUCAUCUCUUCUGACGUCAUCGCUGGAGGAAACAUACUUAAGCACAGCCUCUCCAAGACAAAGCAAGACGCCAGCCAGCCAGCCUCAGACACCAGCUUGUGCUUGGAAGGGACUGGAGAGCCAAGUGAGGGACCUGGUUGGAUACAGAGAAAAGUGCAUGCCACGAACCAUGGCCUUGCCAUUUAUCUUUCCAUUGUAUUUUUCCAUCUAUGGAUAUGCCAUUUUGUGUUAGCCAGUCAGGCAAACGUAUGCUCAGAAAUGUAACACGUGGUUAUGACAAGAGGUGGUCUUCUGGUGGGUCCCCUAGUGUGUCUUGGGGACCUACAAUCUUGAAGGGAUCUUAGAUAGUGAAUGUUCCAGUCUCUAUCAUAAGCAUGAAUCCCUUUUGGCAGCUCGGGCUUGUCCACCACUCAUGGAGACAAGAGAGGCAUUGGAGAAGGGGCUGUUAAUAGCGUUCUACAUUCUUGCCUUCCUUCACGCUCCAUGCAUAAUGUCAUUUCCUCCCAUCACACAAAAGAAGUCUCACAUGGAGAAGGAGCUAUAUCAUGUCAAGCCAAGUCCAUGUGAUAUCCUGCAACCUUUAAGGACACGAGCCCCUUUGUGUAUGAGAAAGCAAGGUUAAGGGAGGCGCUUAAAAUUCUGCAGGAAGCGUGGGAAGGCUUUUUUGUCCCAUGUUGGAGGCUGAGAUGGUCUCCUUCUCUGUCCCCUGGCUCAUCUGUCCACCACUCAAUGUCAAUAUAACAUAAUGUCUGUGGCAAGAGCAUUCUUCUGUCCAUAGGAAAUCAGGAUGUCACCUGCCUGUCAAAGGGUGAACUUUGGCAACCCAGAACAGGAGGCACCAUGUGGUUUUGCUGUGGACAAAAUGGCAAAGACACACCAAUGUAGCAAACAGGAAGAGAGGUCCAGGGAAAGGUGCAUUGGAAGUGGGGAAGGGUGAUGAAAAGAAAAAACAAAAACAAACAAACAAACCCACCAGAGGUUUUGGCAAAGCAAGUGCCAGGUGGAAACAUGUGGAAUUCUAUCGCUGAUUAUUGUUCUUCCUCCAUGAAGCCAAGGGACCUGGCAGGCUUUGGGGUGCAUGUGGGAGCAGGCUGAAGGAUUUUUUUUUGCACAUAUGAAAGGUUGGGGAGGACAGAGACAUGAAUAUAUUUAACACAGGUUUGCCGGAUGGAAGCUUUGUGUGUGUGAGUAGGUGCAUGGGUGAGUGUGCUUUGAUUUUUAAGUUUUGCACAGUUCGAGAAAAAUGAGCAAGCAGCAAAAAGAGACUGUUACCAUGGCUUUGCUGAUGCUUUUUUUUUUCUGUAUCAUUUUACUGUUGUUAUUAUUAUUUUGUCGGUACAGAAUUUUUUUCCUUGCUUUUGUUAACAAGCAAAACUUCAAACGCCUCAGAGACAUACACUUAUCAGGAAGAAAGAGGCACAGACAGCCUUGCCUGUAUUUCCUGGGUGACCUCAUUUCUCUUGAGGAGGGCAUUUUUCAGCAGAUUAUUUUACUUUAAUUGGCAAUGUGGUUUCUUCCCGGCACUUCAUAGGCAUUCCCUGUGGCCUGCUUGAGGACUCAGAAGUCAAGCCAAUCUUACCUGUAAAAAUCUUUCCUUUUGCUGUUUGUUUGUUUGUUUGUUUUCCAUUUGUUUUUAUUGCAAGUGUGAUACAUUUAAAACCAAGGCUAGGCAACAUUGUCAGAAAUCCGUCAAAUCCUCCCAGAUAUUCCUUCCCAACACCCCCUUGGGAUUCUCUAGUUGCUUUUAGGCAGAGAAACUAGGACAUGUGACAGAGUGGUACCUAGCCUUCUGCCCAGAGUUCACUUGUGGGGUAUUGCGGACCUGUUGAAGGUGGAACGUGUAUUUAUCUCUUGGAGUUUGUUCAGAGGGUAGGUGUGAGGGAACAGGUAUUCUCUCUCACCUCUGGUUCACCUCACCCCUGCAUCCUCCUGCUUCUGACCCCACUGGUCAAAAUGGUACUGAUCACACAUCCCGAAUGACUGACCAGGUGAGGAUUUAAAUCUUGAAGGGAGAAGACUAGCAGGGCAUAGGAGAAACCUGGGAAGGGUAUCUGCAGGCUGGCUACUUCUCUGUGGCAUUUGUCUCUCUAGGUGUGGGCGUGGUCUGGUCAUGUCUUCAUCCUUCCCUGUAAGGAGACACCGUAAUGUUUCUUAGUGCCAUGAAGUUGUUAGCUUUUGUGUCAGUAACUUCCUCAGGAAAAUACUUUCUUGCCUUCUUCUUUCAAUACAGUUUUAAACUUGGGGACAGAGAAUAAACACAAAACACCCCCACCCCAAACCAAGGUACUUUGCAACCCUGUGCAACAUGGCAUGACCAGAGCCAGCCCCUCGAGCCUCCAUGUUGGGAGUCCACAGCCUUGGAGGGAGUGAGCUCAGGAUGGGUGCCUGAGUGGGGGCACAUCUGGAAAGAGAAAUACUUUUAAUGAAUCCCACAGCUCAAGGCAGUGUAUCCAGGAUGAUUUGAAAGACGCAGGAGUUGCUAACAGACAGAGUCUUUCUGUGCUUGCAGGUUCAGGCCCUGCUUCCACUGGCUUCAUGUUGAUAUAAUAAUGCCCAGCAUAUCCAGCACCCUAACAUUCCAUUCUGGAGCUCCAUGGUGCUCAUGUACCACCCCAUACCGAUCCACCCACCCCAGUGUGUAUGUCUGACUCCUGAGUGUGCCCUACUCUGGCAGCUAGCUUCCUCCCUGUUCUUCCUUGCUCCCUCCCUCAGGCCAAGCACUAAUUCUGAUACAGGAGUUAUUCAGUUCAUGAGGAGUGAGUGCUGCCCCACCCUAGCUUUGGCUGCUUCCCCUGACUGAUAGGGUCUCCUCUCCUCUAGUCAAUGCCCUGCGAGUCCUUGGCAUCCCAAAUGAUCUCUAAGAUGCAAGGCUCUGCCACACUUUCUGGGACCCUGGGUGUUGCUACUGUAGUCCAUCCUGGCCUAAGCACCUCUUAUUUUGACAUAAAUAGGAGAACCUCCUUUCUGUCUUCAGCCCUAGCACUCUCUGCCUUUGGCUUCACCAGACAGCAAGCAAAUGCUUCAUCUCGAGAAAGCCCAGUGCUCCUGUAAUCAGGAAUAAAUUGCCCCCCUCUUCUCACAGAGAGCCCCCAGAAACCAGGAGAUGACUGACAUGGAGAGGUACCAGCAGGUGGGGGAGACUCAGAGGUACUCAGCUUAUGUCCCUUCCAAGGGCAGCACUGAGUGACAGUUCCAGCAAGCUCCUAAAGGGAGCUUGGUGUUCAGGGGCAUUUCUGUGAAUGAACCGAGGUGACCCUGUCCAGGUAGCUAGCUGUCCUGGCUCUUCUCUGGCUUUUCCUCCAUGUUCUUCUCCCACAUUCACGGCCUCCACACAUCCUUUCAGGACAGGGGGACCCUGACUUCAUAUCCCUUACCUUUGGAAAAUAAAAGAUAUGGGAUAUUUGAUUGGGGCUUUGUAGUUCAUUAGGUUUUUUUUUUUUUGCCACUUAUCUUAAGAACUUGAAAGUAAUGAGGGAGCCUGGAUGUGGAUGUUAAAUGACUAAGAGGAAGAGUUAAGCAGAAUAUUAAAUUCUUCCAGUGAUUCCUAAGCAGAUGAGGCGAUUUUAAAGGUGAGCGUGAGAACUGCCCCUCCAUUAGUAAAGAAAAGUGUUCAGAGAUUCCUCCAUGUGAGCUGUGAACAUGCCAGGAGAAGCAUCCUUGUGGCUGCUAAUACCCUCAAGCUUCCCCUGCCCUUUUGAUAGACAGAGCCCACUCCUCCCCCCAGGGCAUUCUGCAUGGAACCAGCUCAAGCUUCAUUCUUAUAAGUGGGUGGUUGGGGUACCAUUCCAGACGAUGGUAAAGGGGCCAAAUCCCCAAAGAGGCUGGGACCUUGUAAUCUUCUCCUAGUGCUCUGAGGGGGCGUCACACCAUUCCUCCCAUUUAGGAAGCAAUCACUGCGGGAAAUGUUUUCAAUAUAAGGAGAGACUUUCUGUUUUACUGCAAAUCAUUGCUCUUCAAUAAUAUUGCUUUUUAUUAGAUGGAGCAUCCAAGUUUAAAAAAAAAUAUUUAAGUCUUUCGGUUGCAAAGGCAGAACGUCUUCAUUGGCGUCCUGUUGGAAUCCCUUGAGUAGACUGAUGGCUAACAGAGCUGAGCAGAACAAGCAGUUCCCAAGGGGUAAGGAGAACGUCCUGUUUUAGCUCCUAGAAGAGAUGGCAAGGGCUCUAAGCGGUGGGGUCUUUGGUUAGGGAGUCUCCCAUCCCUCCUCUCUCUUUUCUCCUCCCUUUUCCUGGGCUCCUAUCUAGUCCUGGCUUUCUGGGCUGUCUCUGGAAUUGACGAAUCCUUUAUAUUGUUUCUUGGCUUCCUUUAAACUGCACUGAAGCUCAGUUUCGGGGGACCCAUGUUCCCCCUCCCCAAUAACACAAAAGCAAGUGGACAGUCACUCAGCCAGUUUCUGCCUCUCUGCCCAUUUCUUUUGUUGGUAUCUUUAAACUUAAGACUCAAGCACAUGUUGGAAGGGCUCCCUUAUGAGAGUAGAGUUCAAAACAGCAGAGGGUACAGUUCAACAGCACCCCCAAAGACACUCUGAAGCAGAGAACACUUCAGCAAGCAGGACUGAGGAAGGUUCCUGUGCAGAGAUCAGUUCCAUUGGAGCAAGAGGUGAAGAUGGGCUAUGUGUCCUCAUCUGUCUUCCCGUUCCUUCCCUGGCAUCUUGUCAGCUUGAGGACUUAGGAAACCUUCUGUUCUUUAAAAUGAAAAGCUAGUUUACCUCAAAGAAUCUUGUUUCCAUUUGGAAACCAAUGGCAUGGUUUGAGAAUGGAUGAUUCUUCCCACAUCCCUCCUGGCCUGGGCCUGGUGUCCUUGGGGCAUGUGAUCCUAGCUUAGUCCUGGGCUGGCUGCCCUGAGAAGGAACCAGGUCCCCAGGCCUAACCUGGGAAGGAAGGACUGGAUGCAGCCUUCCUCCUCGCUUAGCCCAUAGGAAACAGCCUCUUCCAGCAGGGUCCUGUGGAGUUACCAUAGCAACCGGCAACUCCAGGUACCACAAAAGACAAUGACUCCAAGAACUGAGAUGUGGGAAGAGAGCAGGGGUUCUGGCCUGGUCAGGGUACCCAGAAUUAAGCCCCAGAUGCUAGGAGGGCAAAGAAGGAGGAGACAUAGAAACGGACGCACGAUUGGGUUAAGCAGCUCAGGGGCCGAGCGAGUCUGAGCAAGAGGCCACUGAAAGCGGCGGGACAGAUCACUUCUGUUCUCCUCACCACUUGCCCCUUUCCGGCGUGCCCCACUUCUGUUCCAAAACGCUCACCUUGAAUACUGACCCUUCGAAAGAAGAAAGCAAAAUGUAUCUUUAGACAACAGUGUUACCCUGAGCCUCAAGGACAGGUGGAUGGGGUCCCUGAAAAAAAAAAAAA